UUACAAUCAAGCUCAACCUUAACUAAACUUACAAUGGGCGAGAAAAAUCAACAGACUCAAGCCUUGUUGUGGAUAUGGUGGAAAACACCACAAUACUGAAGGAUCCAGAUAAAAUAAAAAAUGAUAAAAAGUUCACUUUCGACUACUCGUACUGGUCACACGAUGGCUACGAAGAGCAGGAUGAUGGUUACUAUGCGCCAGUUGAUCCUCGAUAUGCUGAUCAAAGAAAAGUGUUUGAUGACCUUGGGCGUGGAGUUCUUGCAAAUGCUUGGGAAGGAUUCAACUGUUCGUUGUUUGCGUAUGGACAAACUGGUUCAGGGAAAUCAUAUUCCAUAUUUGGGUAUGAUAAAAAUAAAGGCAUAGUUCCAGCUACAUGCAAACAGUUAUUUGAAGAGAUUGAUCAAAAACCAACUGGACAUUAUCCAGUCACAGUAUCCAUGGUUGAAAUCUACAAUGAAAAAGUAAAAGAUUUGCUUAGUAACAAAACUGAUCUAAAAAUUCGAGAAAAUGCCAAGACAGGAUUUUAUGUUAAAGAUUUGAAAGUACAAACUGUUGUGGAUUAUGAAGGCAUACAGCUUUAUAUUGAUAAAGGAAAUAGUAACCGCACAGUUGCAAAAACUGUGAUGAACGACACAAGUUCACGUGCACAUACCAUCUUCACAUUAACAUUGGAUCAAACCAUGGGUGCUGAAAUGAGAAAAACAUCAGUUAUUAACUUGGUGGAUUUAGCUGGGAGUGAACGUGUGGGAAGAAAUGAUGUGAAAGGAAAAAUAUUUGAUGAAGGAAAAAAUAUUAACCUCAGUCUUUUGACUCUUGGUAAUUGCAUCAACUCGAUUGUAAAAAAUGAGAAACCUGCGUUUAGAAAUUCAGUUAUGACCAAGUUGUUAAAGAAUGCUCUUGGAGGAAACAGCAAAACUAUUAUGCUGGCUGCAUUGAGUCCUUCAGACAGCGAUUAUGGUGAAACUUUGUCAACUUUGCGAUUUGCUGAUCGUGCAAAACAAAUCAAGACAAAAGCUGUAGUAAAUGAAGAUCCUAAUGUGAAACUCAUUCGAGAAUUACGAGAAGAAAUCGCCCAGCUAAAAGAUCAACUACAGCAAACAGCUGCUCCCUCAGUGCCAAUGGAAAAAUACACUGAAGUUAUAAAUAAGAAUGAAGAACAGAUCAAGAGUUUACAAACUCAACUGGAAAAAUCAGCUGUAGAAUGGGAAUCAAGGAUGAGAGAAAAUGAAAAGAGCAUAAGAGCAGAUUUAAAAGAGAAAAAAGCUCAAAAAAAAAAGAGAAAACGAAACCCUCACAUUUGGAGUCUGAAUUCAGAUAUAAUGUUAAGUGGUGCUGUGGUUCAAUAUACGCCAGUUGGACAAACUACAGUUGGCAGUUCUAAAGAAUCAAACAUUCAAAUUUUGGGAAUUCAAUCUGAGCAUACUGUGAUAACAAAUGAGGAAAACGAACAUAUUUUCAUCUCCCCUGUUUCUGAGGAAGCUACAGUUCGUGUUAAUGGAAUACGUGUUACAGAAAAAACAAGGCUAGCCCACCAUGACAGAAUUCUUUUUGGAUCAGUUGAUUUGUUUGUAUUUGAGCAUCCAUAUGAAUUGGCGAAAUUAAAAAGAAAUAAUAUGAAACCUACCAAAGCGUCUUUUGAAUUAGCUAGAUCUGAAAUCUUUUUGCACUGUUCUUAUGAAGAUUUAUUGGAGCAAGAUUCAACUUUCCUAAAGGGGUUUACUGAAGAUGAAUAUAAAAAAAUGAAAGAAGAUUUCAUAAAAAAGCAGGAAGAGGAAGCUCAAAUGCUGAACUCGAAUCAUGAAAAUGCUCAAGUCGAUUUCGACAAAAGAUUCGCAGAAGAAAUAGGAAAACUUGUUGAGUGGCAGGGAAAAUUAGCAAAGGAAGCUGAAAAGGAGCAUACUCAACAACGGGAAGCACUUGAAGCAGAAAUUCGUAUAUUGCGUAGUGACAAGAAUGCAAACGAAACUGAGAAUGUGGCCAAAGUCAAGGUAUUGGAGCUGCAUAAAAUAAUGUACGCAGAUGCAGCGGUUAGAAAACUGGAGAAACAGAAACAAUGGUAUGAUAUGAAAAUUGGGAAAUUGAACGAGGAAUUUGAUAAAGACAUCAAGAUGAAAGAUUUUGAACAGGAACGCACUCGAAUGUUAAAUGACCUAGAACAGCUGGAGCAAAAUGAAGAAAGGAUGCAAAAUAUGAAACAGAAGUAUAAAAAUGAUGCACAAAAAUUACAAGCUGAAAAAGAUCAUAAAUACGUGAAGGAAAAACUAAAAGAGAUGCAGCUACUUUUAAAAAAUAUGGAACAAACGGACCCAAAGCAAAAUGCAAUGCAUCUUAUAGAAUAUGAAAAUCAGUGUCAAAUUCUUCAACAAAUACAAAAAAAGAGAAACCAAGAAAAAUUUCCACAUUUCUGGAAUCUAAAUGAGGAACCAGAUUUGUGUAAAGUCAUCAUACACAUUGUGAUGCCUGGAGAGUCAACUAUUGGCAGUGCUGAAAAAGCGAAAAUAAAAAUUAGUGGACACGGAAUCCUGGAAAAUCAUGCAUUGGUUGAAAAUGAUGGAAAAGAUGUUUAUAUUCAACCACUUGCUGAUAAUAUUCAGAUCUUGGUCAAUGGAAAGGUGGUGAGCGGUAAACAAAAACUUCAGGAUAAUGAUAGGAUCUACUUUGGUCCAAAUCACUUGUAUGUUUUGAACAAGCCUCAAGAUGGAAAAAUGAAUUCAAAACAAAUACUGAUAACUUAUAAAACAGCUUGGACUGAAAUAACAAGCAAUACAAAUUUUAUUCAAAAUACUAAAAUAAUCAACAAUCUCAAUGGAGUUCCACCUGAAGAAGUUAAACUAAUGAAACAUAAACAUCUUAUACAGCUGCAUCGUUUACACCAUCGACUGAAACGUGCUGAGAAGGAUUUAGAGAGGAAACGACAACAAGGGCAAACCUUACACAUACAUGUGGUGAACACUGAAAAAAGAUCAAGAAUUUGUUUACUAUUUUAGCUGCUUUGUAGCCCUUAACUAAUAUGUAAAUUAUAUAAUUCUAUUCUUUUCGGAGACUUCUGUUUUUCUUCUGAUACUCAACUGUGCAUUGAUAAUCUAGUGUUUUAGAUAGUUUUAUUUAUUAAAGAACACCCUGGAAUA